AGGGCCCGGACGGCACUACACUGAGCAAGCAAACCACCCUUCCUUCCAAAGUGAUUUCCCCAAAUCGAUCUCCACCUAGGUCGCCGCCGGCGAGGCGAUGGCCAGCCUCAACGCCAAGGCCAGCACCGGCCGUCUCCGCGUCUACGGUCCGGCGCUGCAUGACUACGGCGCCCCGCUGAUGAAGGAGAGAGAGCAAGAAGCGUCACUCCUCCUCCUCAAGAUCCGGCACCACUACGAGGAAGCCCUCAGGCGGCUCACCGUCCGUUGGCGCUCCGACGUCUGCUUGGGCGUCUGUGUCGGACUGCUCGACCCGGUCUCCAACAUAAUCGCCAGCACCCUCCUCGCCGCCGCAGAAGCUCCAGUCGACACGGGAGGCCCGACGGCGGUGGACGGGCCCAAGCUCAGGGACAUGGAGCGGCGCUCCCUGGACGGCCUCGUCGCCUUCCUCACCUGCUUCUUCCCUUACCUCGCCGAUUGGGAGGCCGUCCGGUACCUUCUCCUCGCCGAAGCCGACCCCAUCGUUGCCGCGCGCAUCGUCAUCGAGUACCGCGGCGUCAGGUGCUUCCGCGAAGGCUCCGCCGCCGCCUGCGGCGCCCUCAAGCUGGCCCUCAACUGCGCCAUGGUGGCCGCCAAGCACCCGUAUCCCUCGCAGCUCGCCGACGUGUGGCUGUCGCUGAGCUCCUCCCUCCACACUGUUGUCCCCCUGCUCUCGGAUGUGCAGCCCGAUUUCCCCCGCGACAUCCUCCAAAGCUUCCACACAUUGGUCAAGGAGACGGCACAUUCCCCACAUCCUCCUCCUGAUGGCAGCCUCGUCAGGCCAUGGAAACUCGCUGCCCGUUGCCGCAAGCACGCCGCCAAGCUGACCUACCGGCAUUCGUGGUCACUGACGCGAGUGCUCCUCGAUACGAUCCAUGGAUUCUACCUGCAGGCUCUCGCCAGAUUGCCGGUUGGUUACCACCGCAGCCUGCUCGAUGCCGGACAUUGCUACGGCCCGUUUGACCCCGUCUUGAACAUCAUCGUCAACACCAUCUGGUACCAAGCCAACUUCCCACCACUGAGUCAGCAAGACGAGCUCGACAUUGUCGGCACAUUGUGCCUAAUGCGGAUUGAAGCACGAUCCUUCUACGGACUUGUCUCCUUCCUCUGCACCUGUUACCAAGAUCUCAACGCCGAUCAGGCCAUAAGGUUCCUGCUCGACACGGCACUCAAUUUGUCCGCAACAAAGCACUGCAGCAGUGUCAAGGAAGAACAAGAAGCCUACCGGGCUGCUGCCAUUGCGGCAUGGCACCCCAGACCCGACGCCCAAGCAGGAUUCCUCAGUUCAUUAAAGGCGAUGUUGGUAGCGCCUCGUGUCCUGUCACUGCUACAAGAUGGAGGCCAGUAUCAGCUCUCCUCUCAAUGUGUCCACCAGAUACACACGCUAUUGUGCUCUGAAUACCAUUCCAUUGUUGGUGUCCCAACCCAUCAGCAGAGGCCAGCUCCCAUUUCUGAACGGCAGUUCCAUUUUACCAUGUCUGAGGGACGUAAACAGCGAAGGGCUCAUAGAAGGAUCUCCGCAAAGGUCAAGGCUGCACUAAUGAGAUAUGAGAAGCAGAAUUCAGGACACUCUUAUCGGCUUCAUGUGGUGUGUGGUGUGAAUGAAUGUGUGUCAGGUCCUGACAACUGCGAAGGCUCGGGCUUGAAGCCAGGACUUGAUCCUAAUGAUGACUACUACCAUCACACCCAUGCCAACUUUCUGGCGACUCGAAAUGUGGCCGGCAUAGUUUCAGCUCCUGUACUCUUCUUUGCCGAGCUUAGCAACCACGACGACGACCAGGAUAGCCAGCUUCUGUGUUGCCCCAUGGAUUUGCCACCACCAGGCGCUGCAGGACUAGUCCGCUGCCUUUUCUGCGAGCAUCAAGGAAUCAGGAUUGUGCACCCGGCCCUGGAGAGAUUCCAUGGGCACGAGGCGGAGUUCGAGAAGAUGGUCCGCGGAGAAAACCUGUACAAUAAUGACUACUAUCCCGAGGGCGACAUCGAGCCCUACACCAACCAUCAAAUCUUAAAGCACAGUGAAUAUGUUGCCAAGUGGGUGCACGACGGACUCGACGAGGAUUGCAUGUACCUCGGUAGCAAUGACUUCAACAUCGAGGAAGAUGAAAGCGAGGAGGAGGUUGACGACCUGGAGUAAUAUGUGACGAAGAAUCAAGUGAUGGUGAAUAGAGUAAUUCAUUUUGCUGUGUUGGGUGUAGUAUUCGCUUGCCUGCACUUAUGAUCCUCGGUUAAGUAGCAGCAGCUAUAGUUCAUUUAUUCGUUUAUAAUUUAUAUAGGAUUAGCAAGUCUGUCCGACCUAACAAGUAGUUUUUGGAACCAAAAACUGCCUUUCUAUUUACAGUGCAUAUCAAAAAAAAGUAA